AUGCCAGUUCUACCACUAUGGGCACGAGUGAACAGUCGUGGCAGCCUCUAUGAUCAUAUGGUGGAUAUGCAUGCGGGUGAGCUUGCACCACGACAAGCUCCAGGUGGUAGCCAGCAGCUCCACCAUGUUUCUUCACACCAGACUGCAGGACAAGCGCAAUACGUCCAGAACGAUGGAAUGGCCCCAGAGACCGUGGUGGCCACCGCGACUUAUCGGCUCAAGAGGAAGUUCAGCGCAAUCAAAGAAGAAGCAGAGUCAGGAGGGGAGAGGUUCGAGUGCAAAUUUUGCGAGUACAACGGCCCCAUGUUCCGAGCAAAUACCCCUUCAGCCACUACAGAGUGGACGUGCUCGAGGGCAUCUAAUGCCACAAGUGCGUGUGGGAGCACGACGACAAGGGCUCGGUCAGGCUCCACGUGCUCGUGCGGCUACAAGAAACGGCGCCCCGCGCACGGCCGCGCAUUCGGAUACCCCGGGCUGCUGGAGUUCGUCCUGGGCCGAGAGAUUCUCGAGCAGAAGGUCGUACGACAUGCCCGAGACAAGCUGUCGUUGCUGGGAAGCAGCAAGGGGUCGGCAGGCGGCGACGACGAACUCCUCUCCAGCGGCCCGGACAUCCUUGAGCUGCCGCUAUCAGCUAGAACGUGUGCGAGGAGUUGCUGGCGAGCACCAACGGCACGCUGGGCGAGUCGGACAGGGACGCGGUCACGAACGAGCCGGGCCGGGUCUGGCAGAGCAGCGUCCCCAGACUCCACGACAAGCGGCGGUUCGUCUACCAACGCACCCUAUACGCUUACUGGGACGCCUACGAGCUCGGCCGGCCGGGCGUCGAGCUGGCCCAAGGAUGGCGACCUUCCAUACAAGCCAAGCCACUGGACCUACAACGACAUCUUUCUCCUCGGCAUGCUGUUCGGGAGCGAUGGCGACCAGCCCCUCUCCGGCGUGGCGUUCGACUACUUGGAGCACUACGGCAGAGUCGGUGUGUUCCGCAAGGACCAGGUGGAGGACAAGCUCCGGGGUUGCGUAAAGGGGCUGUUGUCAAGAUAUUCGACCAAGCACCUUGAGGAGGUCGAUGCGAAUUUCCCACCGUCCACCGAUCCGGAACGCGCCGCCCGCUCCCCAGCCCGGAUUCUGCUUGAGUGCGCCGGCCAGACUGCCACCAAUGACGCCCCCGCGAGCGACAACAUUGUGCAGUCGCGGCGAGAUCGCAAAGGCUCAAAGCGCGGAGGAUCGAAGGGGAAAGCCGCCAAGUUCAUUAACAGGUAUCGAGUCUGGUACAAAUCAAGGGCGUCUUGCCAAUUGUGGGGGGGAAUCUCUAACAUCAAGGGGAAAGGCUCCUCAAGUAGCUCAGAUACCGCAGUCUAG